AUGUCUACUUGUUAUGGGAUCCAUGGCGUCAACGGUGAGGUUGGCUGCAUACGCUACAGUGAUGGUUUCUUUUUUGAAGAAGAUGAUGGCGUUCGUGAAGCUAACUGGGUAAAGGUUCGGUUGGUAGCUGUUGAUGCAAACGAGAUGUCCCUAAACUAUGAGAUUAUUGGAUGCAAUUUUGGUUUUGACAAAUCUAAUUAUCUUGGCACAUACAAAGUCGUUCCUAGUGGUGAUGAGGGGUGUGUGGUCGAGUGGUCUUUUACUACUGAUCCGAUUGAGGGCAUAACAUGUGAAUAUGUUGUUGAGAAGUAUCAACAUAUACUCGAUCGAAUGACCAAGAAAAUGGAGGAUGCUGUUGUCGACAAGAACGAUCUUUAA